ACGCCAUUGUUGUAUGGAUACGUAUCCCACCCACAGCAUAAUGAGAGACACCCUCAGACUUAUUUAAGAGAACAUCACUGUCACCUCUUUGUUUUCCUUCCCCUCUAAUCGGAAAGUAAAGAUUGAAAAUCGUCAAAAUGUCUUGCGAGAUUAAGUGUACCCGACGGUGUCCAACUCGUUACGAGAAAGAAAGACCAUCAGCAUGCAACAUGGCAUACUACGACAACCCCGCUCUUGUGCGCACGCGCAGCUGCACUCCCAUCACCCCCGAGAUGUCCAAGAUCUUGCCCUACGUCACAGACAAGACCAUCUCCCGCCACCUGGGUAGCUACGGGCGCUCCAUGGAUCUGGGACACGCCAAGAACUACUUUAACCCUGCCACACGCACCGUGUACUCCCGAUACAACCCCAACGACUGGUUCCUGUCCAACAGCUGCAACUACUCGCUGUCGGACAAGGAGCGCAGUUUCGCCGAGAGGCUCCGAGCCGACGCCUGGCGCGCCGUCAAGGAGACUGAUGCCCGCACACGCAACAGGCAGAAUGACGUCACCAAGAGAUUAGGUGAACGUGUGUAUGACAUCACCUUCUGGAAGAGCGAGCUCAACAAUGAGAUUAACGCCAUGGCCACCGAAAUCGAAAACUUGAAGGAGUACAAGCGUACGUGUGAGAAGGCGUUGGCUGACACGGCUAACCCUCUGCACAUUGCUGAGGAGUGUCUCAUGAACCGUGAGAAGAGGCAGGGUAUUGACCUCGUGAACGACGACGUGGAGAAGUCUCUCAUCAAGGAAGUUGAUGUGAUCAAGAAGUGCCAAGCCAAGAUGAAGAAAGUCCUGGAUAAGGCUUACGUUCAGCUGAAGAUGGACCGCGCAGCCCAGCAUGCUCUGGAGAUCGACGCCAAAGACAAGCACCACGCCCAGGGCCUGGAUGACCGCAUGCAGCAGCUGCGUAACUCUUCCGCCGGCGUUGGCUACAUCCCGGGCAUCGAGAACAUCGACAACACCAUCACUAUCCCAGAGUCGUGGGCCCGCUACACCCAGGAGAACAUUGCCCGCUCCCAGAAGGAACGUGCGUCCAGCGAGCGGCUGCGAGGAGAGAUCGACUCCACCCUCCGCCAGUGCGCCAACGACAUGUGGAACAACUUCAACGCCGUGAACAACUCGUUCAACACGCGAGUCAGGGAGACCACCGAUGCCAGAAACAAGCUGCAGGCACAUUUGCAGAAGUCUGCAGCGUGAGGUGAACGAGAUCAGAGAAUCUGUGAGGAUCCUCAAGGAGCGUCUCAAAUCCUCCGAGCUGUCCCUGGCUCGUCUCAUGAAGACCAAGGCCACCCUUGAGCAUGACAUCUCCGUCAAGGACAACUCCCUCAAGAUCGACUCUUCCUUCUGCAUGGGCAUGCGCAAAGGCUUCCCCAUGGAUCCUAAAGUCGGGCCCAUAUUUCAAAUGCCCAUCUGCUAGUGGGGGAUCAGAUUUAGCAACGUUAGCAAAACAGUACCAUCAUGAAAGAAUGUGAUAGCCUUUCAAAAUAAAGUAUUUUGCAUGUCAUAUGUAAAGUAAAAUGAUUCAGACAGAUAUUUCUAUAAAAUCAAUUCUUUUCUUUAACGUAUUUAUUAAUUUGCUGUACAAUGUCAUCUAUUUGCGACAUUUCAACAUCCUAUUCUCUUAUGGUAAUACCAUGUUUUGAAUAAACACAUUCAUUUUUUAUCAUCUUAACGUUAUAGUGGACAAUCUUGCCUAUAGUUCUUAAUCGUAAUCAUUUCAAUAUGAUAUUAAGGACAUUUUAAAAGACUUUCAUUCUUUGCCGUAUUCAUGCUGCACUAACUUAUAGUGAACACCCGAGUUAGAAUGACCUCAAAUUUCAUCAACGAAGUUGCAUCUUUAAAUAGACGUUUCUGCCUAGUGGUCUGUAAAGAUCUGCGUGCCACUCCAAAGACAAGCACUACAACGUGCAAAGAAAUAAUAAACAAACGAAACAAAACAAAAUAACCUCACAAUAUUCUUUUUGCCUUGUUGCGGAGAAAUAUUUUUCCUAUACAGUUAACCUUGGUGCACCGAAUGACUCAUGCCUCUUUGUUGUACAAAUCUUUUUGAUUAUUUAUCGUGUGAAUGAUUGAUGAAUCAUGUCCAAGGAACUUCAUAAAUUGAAGAAAGAAAUGUAUUUUGCCUUAUUUCAUCUUGUUUUAAACUUUUCACAACAGUAUUAAAUUCGCUCUGUCUCUACUGAAUUGUUGAAAGAGAACAUAACAUUUUCGACUACGUCUCUUUUCCCUUUCGUCCCCUUGCUGUUUUUGCCCUUGACCUUGGUAGUCAAGGUCACUGAAGAUGGACAAUAUAUCUGUGGAGACCAUUCUGGUGGCAACUGCAACUGACAAAGUGUGUCCAAUCUUCCCCAAAAACUGGAGGAUAAAAUGUCUGUCUCAGUUCAGUACUAUGAUUUUCUUUGUAUGUAAAAGAAAUAAUAAAGAGCGUUGCCUGAGCGUAAGGUACCCAUGUAUUGUAAUUAAUAUAAUAUGAAAGUGCCGUAACAUUUUUUCGCUCAAAUGUGUUGAGUCGAUUCUCCUCACAAAAAUCAUAACCACCACCACCACCACCACCAACAAGAACACAGUUGAGGGGAAGAUAAAGCUUUGAGCCCAAAAGCAAAAUUGUGUUGUCUCCCGUACUUUACAAGUUUUAGUUGUCUUUUUGUGUGUUAUGUACUGUAACGUUUGCGGACGUUCAGUCCUAUGGCCCUAGGAACCAGUGAUGCACAGAUCUGUAACAUAAACAUCCUAGUUGAUGCUAUAUCCAUCCAUCCUUUCAUCCGAUCUUGUCUCGAUCUUGAACAAGGCGUCUUCAAUCUCUUUCCCUCCCCCAUCAAUCCCUCAUGUCCUUAUUCUUUAAUCAACCCCUCCCCCCUCUUUUUCCGAUUUUUAAACUCCUUCCAACCGUUCAGAAUUGCACUCUUUUUUAGAUCUGAAAAGUUUUCGAUUCCAAAGACGCCCCAACCCCGCACUUGUCAUCCUCACCCAGUGGAAUGUUUGUUUUUUGUCAAGUGCAAAAAGUGUUUGAUCGUUUGAGUGGUAAAAAUAUUUGAUUUUUCAGUGUAAUCCACUUCAGGGUUUUAUCACAAAGUACAAUACUUAAUGCAUCCUGAUCCUCUAUUCUGCCCACCCUACCGACCAAAUGUACAAUUAUAACCACGUGUCGAUGACGUUUUCUCGGAAUCUCCUAACACUACAGUUGGCCUGCACGGCAUUUUAAGUCGGUCAGUUCAUUUGUGGCUUGAUGGGAAGAACUGGUCAAAGGUUCAUCUAUCCGACCCCAGACCGUGUGCCAGUGAACAAAAGGCUUAGGACGAACUUGCGUUGUGACCAUAAGUAUUGGUUAGGAAUUCCAGAGUUGUAGAUCUUUAGAGAAUAGCCAGUUGUCAAAAGCUGAUUUUAAUGUGCUGAUAUAAAUGCUCCAUGUCACUUUAUAUAUUUUGAAAUAUAAUUAUAAUACUAUGAGCUCCUCAAACGGCUGUGAUUUAAACGUAGAUGUUGUCCCCACAACGAAAAUUGGGCGCACGCGUGCUCGCGCACAUAUACAUGUACAAUGUAUAUAUACAUAGCAUAUACAGCAAAACUACAGAAUCCUUCCUAUUUCAUACAUACACCUACUCAGACUCGUACAGUAGAGCACGAAGUUGUAAUGAAUCUCGUCUCGUAUUUCCACACCUAACAGUAUUACUGAGACUUCUUUUAAAUACAAGUACAUACUGUACCAUACUAUGUAUAAAAACAUGACUUUUCUCUGCUCGGAGUCGUCCGAGAGACGAACGCCUUUUUUCUGAUUUGGUCUUCUCGUCUUUUCGUGGCUUUGACUUUUCCUCGAUGUUUCUCCCAUUGUUUGUAACGAAACAUGAAUAAAACUUAAAGCUGUACAUUGUCA